AUGGACCCGCUCAAGGCUCUGGACAUGGAGCAUCGCUCGGGCAUCUCGCAGCGGGAGGUGGAGGACUUCGCCAAGCGCAUGGACCUGAUCGCCAAGGCCAUGGAGGACGUCAAGAACGGCACGUUCGACCCGCUCAAAUGCAACAUUCCGGGCUACAAGACGCCGGAGCAGGAGGAGCUGGAGCGCAAGGAGCGCGCCAAGCGGGAGGAGGAGCGACGCAAGCGCGAGGAGGAGCGCAGACGUAGAGAGAGGCAGGAGGAACACGACAACUGGUGGCACAAGGCCGAGCUGCGCUACUCGAUGCGAGACGUCGAGGAGAAGAACGAGGACGAGAAAGAAGCCAACAUGAGCAAGAGCGAGCGCUGGGCCAACCGCAUCAUCGCCGCGUACAAGGCGCGCGACGCCAACGACUACUCGCUGUGGGAUCAGUGGGUGCCCGAGGACCCGGUCUCGCUGCAGGAGAAGGCGGAGCGGGAGGCCGAGCUCGAGAAGCUGCGCAACCGUGAGUUCGAGACGAACAACCCCGAGUUCUGCAACCAGUUCAAGAAGGACAUGGAGGAGCGUCAGCGCUCGCAGGAGGAGAAGGCGCGCACCGCUGAGCGUCUGAAGCAGAAGGGCAACCGCUUCUACAAGAAGAAGCAGUACGAGGACGCCAUCAAGAGCUACAUGGAGGCGCUGCUGGCCUCUCCCUUCAACGUGGCCAUCCUCGCCAACAUCGCGCAGUGCUACCUGCGGCUGGAUCAGCUGGACGACUGCGUCGAGUUCUGCACGCGCACGCUGUACGUGGACGAGAAGCACGUCAAGGCGCUGUCUCGACGAGCAACCGCGUGGCACCGGCAGGAGAAGCUGAAAGAGGCGGCCGAGGAUAUGAAGAAGGCCUUUGAGCUGGACGGCGAGAACGCGGACGUCGUGGAGCAGCACUCGAUCAUCGUGGGGGACUACGAGGACUCGAUCACCAACAGCGAGUUGGAAGCUGCGUUAAACUCCAAGCACAAGACUAGCCCCUCAACGCUAUCGGUCGGUCCCUCCUCCAUCGAGGAGCUGCGGUUCGCACUGGAAUUGCUCAAGAAGAUGGACGAGCAAGCAACUGCGGACAAUGGAGGGCAAAGAAGUCGGGUUCAGGACGCGUGGGUUGCUUACGACCUCCUGCUGCCCUUCGUGGAGAGGAACGAGCACGUGCGCGCGAAGUUCCGAACGUCCGGCGAGAUGGACAAGCUCUGCAAUCGUAUCUUGAGUGCCUUGGAGCCACCAGAAGCUGGAGCUGAGGUCGACAGUUCUCGUUUACAAACGGAAGAAGUGAUCGUUAGUGCGAUGAUCAACUGCGCAGCAGCUGCAGUGGCUGACACGCCGCGCAACCAAGUGGUGAUGUUCCGUCACGUGGACUUCCGGAAGCUCAUGUUGGCAUCGUUUGGAGCUAUGGGCAAGGAGACGACGACUUCUAGACCAACAAGAACCUCAUGGUUAGUCCAAGCAAGCGUCACGCGCUUUCUGGAGCAGGCUUUUGACUCGAAGAGCUGGCGGAACGCGAUGGUGUCAUCGGAAGAGGUGCUGGCAUCACUAUUAGCAGCUUUGAGUCUUCCCAUCGACGAACCGAACGUGCCGCGUGACGAAAGAGCUUCGAAAAGGGCGAUUACAUUGGCUGCGUCCAGCAUUUGUUUCACGCUGAGCAGUGACAGCGCUGGCAUUCAGGCCUUUAGUAGACGUAGCGGUGACUGUCUCGCUGCCGUCGCCCAGGCGCUCGAAUCAAGUCGUCGCGCCAAGUCCGCUGCUGGGUCAUUGCAAAAUCUGCUGGGGUUUCUGACCAACUUGUCCACCGACAGUACAAUCCGCAAGGCCAUUGAGGGCAACAACUGUGUGGAAACUCGUCGGAAGCUCGUUCAGGUCCUGCUUCGAAUCGCAGAGGCAACCUACAGCAGCGAGCAGCCAGGACCAUCAACUUCUGUGGACUAUACUAUCUGUGAGCGAGCUCUCGGCGCGCUGCUGAACCUGUCGUUCUCUGAAGCCUCACAAGUUCGGACGCUUCACUUGCUCGAGUUUAAGGCGGUCAACGUCGUUGAGAGCAUCCUCACGCAAGCAAACCCGUCGAAUUUUUCGUCCUCGAUCCUCAUUUUAUCACGAGCUGCCAGCAUCCUGUGCCGCCUGCAUUCUCCCUGCAGAGGAGAGGAGACAGCGAAAGAUGAAGUGUUUGGCCGCCUCACGGGGCAACAGCUUCUCUCUCAGCUCUUCACAGUGUGCGAGUAUGCCAACUCGAGCUUCAGUGGGAAAGCGUUUACGAUUCCGGAGGAGCUUUGGCAGCUUUGUGCGCAGAUCUGGUGCCACUUCGGCUGGUGCGCCCACCUCAUGAGCGCCCGAUCUUUCCUGCGCGAGAAGAAGGCCGUGCCGCUGUUGACUCAAGUGAUAGCGCUUGCAAACGCGCAGAAGGCCUACCACCGACCGAGUGGGGCGACGACUGCGUGCGAGAGACUCGUUGGGAAUGUCGUCAAGGUGCUGAUCGCCAUGGAGUCCGAUCGUGAUCCAGGUGACACCAAGGCAUUCCGGAAGAAAAGCACGCUAGCUGUACUGGUGAAGGCUCUACAGGACCUAUCCGACGGCCUCGCUCGCAAGAACGUGGCUAUUCUACUGGCCAAGUUGUGCCAGGCCGACUCACAGGUCAAGGACGCAGUGCGCGAGCUGCGAGGGAUCGAGAUGAUGCUGACUGUGAGUCAGUCGCUCAAGCAGCGCCCCGCAGUGCUGUCGCGUUAG